AAAGUGGAGUCAGUGGGACCCCAGGGUUCAGUCUCAUGACGCCUGCAAAUCUGCACAACCUAGAAUGACGUCUGAGAUGCUCGCCGGUUAUAAUGGAUGACUGUUUCGGUUCCGGUGCGGUUCUGCGGCUGGCUGACAGUGUGCGAGGGCCACCCGGAUGGAGCGUCUGACUUCAGCCGAGGGGGAGAGCAGCCAAGACGGCGGCCGUCAAGAGCCGCGCGUCCGCUCCCGGAGGAGGCUGGCCGGGGUCAGCUCGCCCGCUCUGGCCGCCGCACGGCUCACCUUGCCCGGGGUUAUGGACGCCGAGGGCAGGGUGGACGAGUCUCGGCUGAGGAUGCACAUUUUCCAAAACGGUGGCGUGUCUCCCACUGAGCGUGGCCUGGCGUGGCGCUUCCUGUUCGGGAUGUACCCGUGUAGCUCCACCGCGUUAGAGCGCCCUCUGCUGCAGGAGCAGCUGGCUGUGCGUUACAAGGUCAUGAAGGCCAAGUGGCAAAACGUCGUUCCUUCGGCGGUGCGAAUGCACCUCAACGGCACCGACGCUGAGCUGGUAGCUGCUGUUGGUUAUUUUAACCAGAGGCAGGAACUGGUCCAGCAACAAGCUUCCAACUUGAGUGAAGAUGUUCGAGACAGGGUGACGUUUUUGGAGCUGCAAGCACAGAUCUUGUUUGAGCGUGCUACGUUUGACCAGGCAGAGCUGCAGGAAGCCAUCCGGAUUAUUAACAAAGAUGUUCCAAGAACCAACAGAGACCUGAGCUACUACCAAGGUGAAGGUUCAGGGAAUCUGUUGGUGUUGAGGGACAUCCUCAUCACCUACGCUGCGUUCCAUCCGGAAGUGAGUUACGCCCAAGGAAUGAACGACCUGUGCAGCCGAUUUCUGGAGGUUAUGGACUGCGAGGUUGACAGUUUCUGGAGUUUUUCGUGCUUCAUGGAGAAAUUCGCCAAGGAUUUCCGAGAAGAUGGUCUACACAGAAAAAUAGAGUUGGAGGCAGCCCUGUUAAAGGAAUUAGACCCUCAGCUUCAUGUGCACUUGGUCACAGACAGCAUGGAGAGCUUCACCUUCUGUCACAGAUGGCUGCUGCUAGGCUUCCAGAGAGAGUUUGAAUACAGCGAUGCACUACGUUUGUUCGAGAUUCUGAGUUGUGACCACCUGGAGUUUAUUUCCCAGCAAGUAGACCGAGCCCGUUAUCAGGAAAGGCUGGCCCAAAAAUAUUGUACAGACGACGAGUGUGAGUCGGAGCUGCAGGCCGUCAACACAGACUUCACGUUCGAGCUGUUCAUCUGUGCAGCCAUCCUCUUGGACCACAGAGACGCUCUGCUGCAAUGUCAAGAUGAAGUCCAGCUGAUCCAGUUCACUAGCAGCCUUCAGGGAACACUGGACUUGAACAGCACACUGAAGAAAGCAGAGCAUCAUUUUUUCAACUACUGCAAACGCUGUGCUUGGGACUCCGUGAACUGCCGCUGUCGAGCACACAAAAGCAAAGAAGAAGACUUUCUAUACCAGCUCCGCAGUUUAUUUGUUUUAAGAUAACAGCGACUAUUUUAGUCGCUGACACCUUUUUAGAACAACGGACCAAACAUGUUUUCAAGGCACAUAUUAGUUAUUUCCCCUAAAAUUCCUGAGGUAAAAUAUUAUUUUAGAUUUACUGUGGAUUAUUUAAUUUAUCAUAAAUGUAAAGUAUUCAUUGUACGAAAGUGAAGUCAAGUUUGACUCGACACCUCAACAUUGGCCUUGUUCAGGAUUGUUACAAAGGGUUAAUUCAAUAUUUAGCUACCGGAAGGUGACAGACAACAGGUGGUGUUACUAACAUAUGCCGGUUAUAUUUAAAAUGACUUAUGUAACAAGCAUGGAUAUCCACGUUUUAAACACUGACAGAAGGGAGUGGCAGUGAGGGAAAGAAAAAGGUUUGCCUGAAAAAACACACUGAGUGUCAAGAACACAUACGAGUUAUUUGUAAUUACUUAUACCAUGUCCAAAAUCCAAAUGUUCAAUAAAAUUUGAUUUAUA